CUGGGGACACACUUCCUUCUUUUAUCGUUGCUUUUUGUGCAUUUUUUUGUAUUGUUUAUGUCUAAAAUGGAAGUCUUGCCACACAUUGAGCCUCACAAGAGUUGUAUCUUAUGAGGAUCAAGUGUUCUUGAGACUCGAUGAUUAUUGUGAUGAAGGAUCGACUUCCGGAGCUGACCGCUCGCAGAACACCAUCAGAGGAAGAUGCUCCGGUCUCUGUGGACCGAGACGGUUUCAUGGAGGGCUUUUUCCGUAGGGUGGAGGAAGUCAGAGGACUCAUUGAUAAGAUUUCCCGUCAAGUGGAAGAGGUGAGGAAAAUACACAGCAUGAUCCUGUCUGCACCUCAUCCAGAUGACAGGACAAAGGAUCAACUCAAUGCACUGACCGACAACAUCAAAGGGAACGCCAACGUGGUGCGGACAAAACUAAAAUCCAUUGAGCAAAGCAUGCCUAAAGAUGAUGCAGCUAACAGAGCCAGUGUUGACUUCAGGAUCCAGACAUCGCAGUACACUGUGCUGUCCAGGAAGUUUGUGGAAGUAAUGACCCAGUACAACGAGACACAAGUUUCCUUUCGGGAAAGAAGCAAAGGGCGGAUCCAAAGACAACUGGAGAUAACUGGAAGAGUGACAACUAAUGAAGAACUGGAAGACAUGCUCGAAAGUGGAAUUCCAUCUAUCUUUACAUCUGACAUCCUUUCUGACUCUCAGAUCACACGUCAGGCAGUCGAUGAGAUCGAGUCCCGGCAUCAGGAUAUUAUACGGCUGGAGUCAAGCAUAAGAGAGCUUCAUGCCAUGUUCAUGGACAUGGCAAUGUUGGUUGAAACUCAGGGUGAAAUGGUCAACAACAUCGAGAACAAUGUUUCCAAUGCAGCUGAGUACAUUCGUGGCGCCAAAGAAGAAACCAAGAAAGCGGUGCGAUACCAGAAAAAGUCCCGCAGGAAAUAUAUUAUCAUUGCCUUUGCUCUGCUGAUCCUGCUUGCUGUCAUUGCUUUGAUCGUUGGCUUGUCUGUCGGACUAACCAAACCUCCUGCCUGAGACCGACUACCAUAACCGCAUGAGAAGCUGCUCUGCCUUGCCGUGUGUGGAUCUGCAGGUGUCCUCGUUUUACUCGUUGCACUAGUUGGUGCCUUCGGGUGAAGGAUUACAUGGGUCACGGCCUUAAAGUAAUCUCUUGUUCCUGUAGUGAUAAAGCUUACAAUAGCUUCAUCACACUAUUCUCAUACACUCGUCUUAACGGCAUUACAGGGAGAGACACAAUCAAGUAUGAUAAGGUCUGCUCUUCUUUGCACCAGACCUCCUACCGGAACAUGCUUCUGGAGAGAUUCUGUCAAUAGAAAAAGGUGUCGUGUAAGCAAAGUACACGCAUCGGAAACAUCGACAUUAGGUUGACCACAUCUGCAGCAGCUAAUAAGGGCUGAUGCAAUCAUUUAGAAUUGCAUAAACAAACAAUCAGGGAACACAAUUGGAUGUCAGUAAAGUAAUGUUAGGACUAUUGAGUAUCCUUAUAAUAGAACAUAAAUAUAUACACACAAUAUGGUUUUUCAACCUUUUUUGAGCCAAGGCACAUUUUUGGCGUUGAAAAAAUCCAGAGGCACACCACCAGUAGAAAUCAUUAAAAAACGCUACUCAGUUGACAGUAAAAAGUCGUCGUCGCAAUUGUUGGAUAUGACUUUAAAGCAUAACUAACCAUGCAUCAAUAUAGCUCUUGUCUCAAAGUAGGUGUACUGUCACCACCUGUCACAUCACGCCCUGACUUAUUUGGACUUUUUUGCUGUUUGCCUGUGUGUAGUGUUUUAGUUCUUGUCUUGCACUCCUAUUUUGGUGG